UCCUCCGUCCGCCUCAGCUCUGACUGGGGCACGCAUUGGCCAUCCCUCCUCUCGCGGGAGUAGCGAAAAAAGAGCCGCCCCCAAAGCAACACCUCCUCCAGCGGCACAGGGACGCACCGCCACGCCAGGCCUCAUUGUUGUCAUGGAGAUUCCUCUUCCCGACAUACCCCGGGAGGGACUGCAGCUCCCAGCAUGCUCCAGAGACCUCCUCGUUCCCGGCAUGCCCUAGCCACUCACGGAUCUAGCCGACUUGUUUUAUUCGCUUCCCUGGUCUCAGCACCUACUGGAUCCAUAGCAAAACCGCCGACUACUACCGUAGUGCGCUACGCAUUCUGGGAAAGGCCUGGCGGUCGGGGAGAUAUUUUCGCGCAUGCGUAGUGAUUACUGUGUGUGUUGAGGACAGAGAGAAAAAAGGUGGUCGCAUUGGAGGAGUGCGCAGGUGCCGCUGCGAUGUGGUAUGAGAUCCUGCCUUCCUUGACUAUCAUGUAUGUGUGCUUGACUAUCCCUGGGAUCAGCACCUACUGGAUCCAGAGAUACACGAACGGAGGAAAGGAGAAGAGGAUUGCUCGGAAUGCCUAUCAGUGGUACCUAAUGGAGAGGGACAGGCGUGUUUCCGAAACUGAUCGCUACUAUGAAUCAAAGGGCUUGGAGAAUAUUGACUAAACCCACGGCAUGAUAAAUUCUACCAGAACCAACCUAAUAUGAAUAAAUAUGUAUUUGACAAAGUGUA